AUGAUUCAAACUCAAAGUGGACCGACUAAACGGCGCAACUCCGUCCAUAAAAACCUAUUUGACCCAUCGUUAUAUCAAAUGCCAGGAUUGCCACGUGGGAGUUUCCAACACCAGAAAAAAGAGUAUGGUAAGGAGAAUCACAUCUUUCGACAAAAGUUCAUUAGCUCGAAGAAAAGUUUUCUACAGCAGUUUCCUAAUAAUAUCCAGGUAUACUUACCUGAAAUCGACUUGAGAAUAACUGCCACCUGUUUCAUAUGGUACGUAAUGUCCUCUAUUUCAAGUAACGUAUCCAAAACUAUUUUAAGAGCUUUUAAUCACCCGGUGGCUCUCACAGAAUUACAAUUCCUUGUUAGUGGCAUUCUAUGUGUAGGGUUCGCUUCCGUAGUGAAUUUAUUUCGACUACCUCGUUUGAAGCAUACAAAGUUUUCGAAUGCACUGAAUAGCUUUCCGGAAGGAAUUCUUCCUGAAUACCUGGACGGUAAUUUCCGUAGUUCUAUUCUAAGCAAGUUUUUGAUUCCUUCAAAGCUGGUUUUGGUAACUACGUUUCCAAUGGGGAUAUUCCAAUUUAUUGGACAUGUCACAUCGCAUAAGGCAGUCUCAAUGAUACCAGUAUCCUUAGUGCAUUCCGUAAAGGCAUUGUCGCCAAUUAUAACAGUUGGAUAUUAUAAACUCUUUGAACAUCGUUAUUACAACCCCAUGACGUAUUAUACCCUGUUACUUCUAAUUUUUGGUAUCAUGAUUACCUGCUGGUCAACUCAUGGAAAUAGGAUGGUAUCAGAUGAAAAGAAGUGCUCUUCAUCGAUUGGUUUAUUUUUUGCAUUUAUUUCCAUGAUAAUAUUUGUGUCACAGAAUAUUUUUGCCAAAAAUAUUUUAACUAUCAGGAGAAAGGUGGGAAUUCUACCGUCUUCCUCCACUGAUGACUUCACAGCGAAGGAAGAACAGCCAAAUUCAGACAAAACAAGAUAUUCACCAUUACAAGUGGAUAAAAUAACCAUAUUGUUUUAUUGCUCGUGCAUUGGGUUUUUACUAACCCUAUUACCUUUUUUAACCAGUGAACUGGUGCAUGGUGACAGCGUUAUCGGUGAUCUGACGCUAAAAAUAGUAUGUCUUGUAGUGAUUCACGGUAUAGCACAUUUUUUCCAGGCCAUGCUUGCAUUUCAGUUGAUUGGAUUACUUUCUUCCAUUAACUACUCGGUAGCAAACAUCUUGAAGAGGAUCGUCGUCAUCUUCGUUGCAAUAUUUUGGGAAACGAAGGUAAACUUCGCACAAUUGUUUGGUGUCACUUUGACAAUUGCCGGAUUGUAUGGCUAUGAGAAAUGGGGACUUUCGAAAAAGAAUAGAUGUCAAGCAUGA